AUGAACUGUCAAUGUCAGAGUUCUUGCAACUCUCCUCCAUCACAGCUCGGAUGUUUAUGUCCUCCUCCGAUGCCUUGCUAUCAACAACAACCAGCUCAAACUUUUUACACACAACCGGCUCCACCAGUUAUCUAUCAACCUUAUCAAAACCAACAACAACAACAACGACCAUCAUCCUACUUGGCCAACAUUCCUCCUUAUAUGCAACCGUAUGCCCAACAGCCCACAUUCUUCUCAACUCCUCCUCCAAUACAAGUACAUCAAUUGCCACCUGGAACACCGAGUUUAUCAUACCCAUCGUCAUCUCAAAUGUUCAUCGCUGAACAAUCAUCCAUCAACUCCCAAUAUUCUCCUGCAGGCUCCCCUGGCCCAUCUACAUCAGAUUCGCAAGAUAAACUCAACCUACAACCUCCCGCACUCAAACAAAAAGAAGAGACAUUCGAAAAUCAUGUCAACGAAAAAAGUAGAACUUAUGAAACAGACAGGCCGUUAUCAGACAUUUUCUAUGAGACAAAUACUGGAGAAGAUGAUAAUGAAAUAGACCGAAAUUACUCUCCCAUUCAAACUACGACAGAAAAUGUCUACAGGAAUACAGAUACCACAACAAGAAAGAAUUAUGAGAGUUCCACGUGGCCGACGUCUACUAUUGCGGUGACUACGAAAAGAUAUGAAACAGAAUUGAAACGAGGAGAAGGUAGCAGCGAUAUCAGUAUGUCUGGUUACGGAUUUGACUCAGGUUCCACCUCUGCACCGAUCAUGCUAGAAUUCUUAGAGCACCCAAGACAGUAUGAGAAUAGAAGUCCAGCCACCCCAAAUAACACAGAUAACACAGAUGUGACAGAUUUCACUCAAGAAGUGGAUGCGUUUUACAAAAGUUCGACGAGCCAUCCAAUACAAACUUUCGAGUAUGGAGCAGUUCGGGAUGCCAGAGAUUCCUCAGAUAAUCGAGAAACCUCGACUCCAAAGUUUCCAUUUGACAGAGAUGAGGAAGUGAAACCGAAGAAUAAAUGGACGAGUAAACGAAAGAUUCGAGAAAAAGAAGAUAGUUCAAAGUGCAAUAAUCCUAUUCUGAAAGAUUUGAUGGAGAUGAAAAUGACCGCCUCCCCAUCAAUAUCCAAACAAAUGAUCUACUCAGCUGCCACUGAAAUGUGGGUUGGACGAAAUGUGAAUGUGAUCUGCUCAAAACAUUCUUUCUCAUACGUCGUCGUGACGUCUCCAAUAUUCUGUGAACACAGAAAAAAGGCAUUAACUUGUUUUGUGUUCUUCCAACCUUGA